AUACACGUACUGUAGCUAACCUAGUCAUCACAUCACUUACAAAAAGUGCGACAAGGACUACAGGAGCUACUCGAGCAAUACUAUACAAGUUUAUAUAAAAUAUAAAUCUAACUGGCACUGUCCCUUUUGCAUCCGUUCAUGUCUUGUUUCAAUGUUGAUCUCCAUUCACCUUGAAAGACUGACUACCCACAACCAUAACACCUCCCUCCACUCUCGACCCACUAUCAACUCCCCUUCGCCCCCCUAUUCCUCCUCCUCCUCCAAGCACGGCGAGUGGGAGGAGCUUUUCCUGCCUGGCUCGUGAGCGUAAAACAGUGCAGCCAGCCACGGUGCGUGUCAGAGGACUGUCUGUGCUCCCCACGUCGAUGACUGCUCCACAUCUGGUGUCUGUUCCGCUGCUGCUGACUGCCACUGUAGACCAACCGGUCCACGCGUGAACAACCACAGUCAGGAUAAGGUUUCUCGAGGGUGGCAAAGGAUGCCGGCGGUCAUCAGUAAAAACUCUGACAUGUUUGACUCUUUCCAACCGUGCUUCUACCCGGACGAGGACGACUUCUACUUCUGUGGUCCCGACUCUGCGCCACCGGGGGAGGACAUCUGGAAGAAAUUCGAGUUGCUGCCCACUCCGCCCCUUUCCCCGAGCCGAGCCGCUCUACCUGGGGAACCGGCGGCAGCCUCCCCGGAGGCGGACCUCCUGGGCUUCGGCUUAGGGGAUCCACUGGACUGGGCUUCGGAGCUGCUCUUACUGCCCGAAGACGACAUUUGGGGGGCAUCCGACGAUAUGGAUCUGUUCGGUUCCGCUUUGGAUACAAACCCAAACAACAUCAUCCUCCAGGACUGUAUGUGGAGUGCAUUCUCGGCCAGGGAGAAGCUGGAGAGGGCGGUCACGGAGAAACUAGGCAAGACUAUUACGAGUGCCACAGCCACGGUGACCUCUCCGGCUUCCGCUACUGCUGCUGCGGCUACUGCCGGGAGGCGGGACGUUUGCGUUAAAGCGCCCGAGGUGGUGAGCCGCAGCGUGGCGUCGGAGUGCGUGGACCCCGCUGUGGUGUUUCCCUUCCCCGUCAACAAGAUGAGCGGCAGCGGAGACUCGAACGCCAGUGUGAGCGUGUCCACGACCCACGCGACCGCCCACAGCGACUCCGAAGAAGAGGAGGAGGAAGAGGAUGAUGAUGAAGAAGAAGAGGAGGAGGAGGAGGAGGAUGACGAUGAGGAGGAGGAGGAAGAGGAAGAGAUUGACGUGGUAACAGUAGAAAAGAGGCGUUCUACAAUCAGCAAAAUAUCAGCUGCAAUCUCCAGAAGUCAAGAGCAGAGGAACGCCACCUCAGGUUCUGGUACAGUGGGUCGCUUCGUCAGUCGAGCCCCACAGGAGCUCAUCUUAAAACGGAGCUCGGUGCACCAGCAGCAACACAACUAUGCCGCACCCUCGCCAUACACGUCAGACGACGACCCGGCGCCGCCCUCCAAGAAGCAGAGGACGUCAGACACCGCCCGACCCCCGACCAGAACCGCCUCGUCUUCUUACUGCGCCUCAGUUUCUUCGGGCCCACGCAGCAAGCGCAGCUCCAGCGGGGACAGCAGCCCGAGGGGCAGCUCUGACUCAGAGGACAGCGAGCGCCGGCGCAAUCACAACAUCCUAGAGCGUCAGCGUCGCAACGACCUGCGUUCCAGCUUCCUGACGCUGCGUGACCACGUGCCAGAGCUGGCGCACAACGAGAAGGCCGCCAAGGUGCUGAUCCUAAAGAAAGCCACAGAGUAUGUGAGCUCCCUGGACAGGGAGGAACGGCGGCUCAAGCAGGAGAAGGACAGACUGCACGCACGCCGGCAGCAGCUAAUGCGCAGGCUGGAGCAGGCAAGGACUCGCUGACACACCAGCGCCUUUGACGCCCAUAACACUCACACGCGUUCCCGGGACGCCACCACCUCCACCGAAAACCGCCUCAUCAACCCAGUCUCAGAUGGGUAAACGUUGAGUUGGCCUACACACUUAAGCUCAGACACGCAGGCCCGCAUGUACACAACUGGGAGGACGACUCGUCACACACUAACGUGAGGGAGGGGGCGGAUGCUUACUGGAGCGAUGUUCGGACUUUCACUGCCGCCACUUUUUUUGCACAUUUGUUGACGUUAAGAAUGUUUAGGGUUUACUUUUUCAAUCCAGUCACAUUGAGGAACGAUAAAGAAUGAGGAAAUAGAGGCUUUUUUAUAUCAUGUUUUGGUAUUAUUUGUAUUGUAUUCAUUGUGUUUUUUUGUACUCACUGUGACACCAGCCUGGAAUCAGGGGGGGGAUUCCUAACGGGACCGGUGUUGGAGGGCACUUUGCUCAGAGCGCUCGACUUAACUAUCGUGCAUGAACACGAAGCCGGUCGAGCACACCUCUAACUUUGCCUUCACAACUGCAAAAGCGGACAAAUUUAUAAGAAAUAGAAAAACAAAGACUAUAUGGACACAAGCGAUGAUGCCACUACAGGUUUUCUUUCUCCCCUCACUCCUUGAUCACACUGGUGCUCCAACCAAGUAAAUGGAUGUAUACCUGUGCACCUUUCUAGCAGACACUUUUGUAUAUACAGUGGAUAUUAAGUCUACACACCCAUGUUCAAAUGCCAGUUUUUUUGUAAUAUAAAAGUGAGACAAGAUAAUUUUUUCAGAACUUUUUACACCAUUAAUGUGAACUAUGACUUUUACAACUCAAUUAGAAAAAAAAUAAGAGGUGUAGUAUAAAAAAAAAGGUUGCACAAGUCUGCAACACCCUCUUAUACUGCAAACUCAUGGUAAAUUGUGAGCCAGCAACCACUGAAAGUGCCUCUGAUUAACCCCAAAUAAAGUUCAGAUGUUCUUGUA